GGUUAAAAAAAAAAAAAAAAAAAAAAAAAAAAAGAAAUUCGAGAACUCCCAUGAACGCGGUGGCGUCUUCAUCGUCAUCGCUGGUGUUUCUUCUGCCGCGCGGUGGUGCUGGUGCGGGUGCCGUCAAUGGCUUCUGCUUCUGCUGCUUCGGCAUUUCCUCCUCCUCUUCGUCGUCGUCGUCGAUUUCGUUUUCUAAAACUGUUAAGAAGUACAAUUUCAUUAUAAUCAUGGCGAAAAGCAAAAAGUCCCAAUCUUCAACUUCGUCUCCCAAGGGUUCUGAGCCAACUCCUCCGAGGAUUACAUCAAAUGUCAAGCAAAAUUUGCAGUUCUUGAGGUUAUGGAAGGAAUUCCAAAAGAGAAAGUCUAGCACACCUAAGCCCGCAACUAGUUACCGCAGAAAAAGGGUGGAGAAGGAAGACCUUCCAGAAGACAAUGAAUUUUAUCGUGAUCCUACAACCACCCUCUACUAUACAAACCAGGGUUUAGAAACUGCAGUCCCUGUGUUGCUGGUUGAUGGGUACAAUGUAUGUGGCUACUGGGCGAAGCUGAAGAAACACUUUAUGAAUGGAAGACUUGAUAUAGCCCGCCAAAAGCUGAUUGACGAGCUCGUAGCAUUCAGCCUGUUAAGAGAAGUGAAAGUGGUAGUUGUAUUUGAUGCCAUGAUGUCUGGCCUCCCUACACACAAGGAAAAUUUUGAAGGUGUUGAUCUAGUUUUCUCAGCUGACACAUGUGCUGAUGCUUGGAUUGAGAAAGAGCAGGUUGCAGCCUUAAAGGAGGAUGGAUGCCCCAAAGUUUGGGUUGUUACUUCUGAUCAUAUUCAGCAGCACGCAGCACAUGGAGCGGGAGCUUUUAUUUGGAGUUGCAAGGCAUUAGUCUCUGAGAUUAAAGCAUCAAAAAAGGAGGUCGAGACUAUGCUUCGAGAACAUAGAUCUAAUUCUUUUCAAGGUAGAUUGUUGAAGCACAAUCUCGAUUCAGAAGUAGUAGAUGCUCUCAAGGAUCUGAGAAAGAAGCUGUCCGAGGCCGAGAAAAAGUAAGUUUUAUCGAGUUCAACUCGACGCCGAGUCUUCUGCUAUACCUUGCACGGGAUCUUACCAUACAAGAAAAGGUAUCAGAUGCUAAUCCACUGGAGCACAGACAAAGUGCUUCCAUUAUAAUGGAUACGAUUUUUAUGCAAUCAAUUUGCCAAUCAUCUAACUCAGCUGCUUCCCUUAGAAGAGCUUUCGGAUUUGUGCCAUCUGAAAUGACAUAUUUUAAGCGUUUGUGAAUCACAUUCUUUGUAAAUUUCUUGAACAAUAAUAAACCUUCACAACGCCAAAAGCCGCUAACAAUGUUUAAGACCAACUAAUGUGACAAGUAAAUUGAUGUCAUUUAAUUGUUAGAUAAAUUUUCUGUACACAAGUUUAACAACAGUUGUCAAUAAAAUGAUGACAACUCACUUGUCACACAUGUAUUUGUAUAUGG